AUGAUGUGGUGGUGGCUUUUUCUAAUUCUAUCUUAUAUUGUGGCUGUUGUGUUGUUUCAUGUGUAUAUUCGUUAUCUCUCCUCUCGUCGAAUCAAUUUCAACUCAAAAUCUCCACCAGUAAUAAUCGAACCUUGGUACUGUCCAUUUCUGGGUCCUGUUCUUUCGUUUUUAAACCUUGAGGCGUCAAUUAAUAAAUGGCGUGCCAAAUAUGGUGCUAAUUUUACGCUACUUAUCUUCGGAAAAUAUGUAACUUUUGUCACAAAAUACGUUGAUAUAAAGAAAUAUUAUCAUGGAACCGAGGAAAUGUUAAGUUUAACAAAAGCAGCACAAAUUCUUUUAGGAUCCGCAUAUCCAGAAAAUCAGUACAUGGUAGAAUAUAGUGCAGUUCCUUAUUUGCAAAGAAUUCUGACUCCUCGUUAUUUACGUCACAUGGCAUUGAACUUUGAAAUAGUUGCUGACGAUUAUUUUAAUACAAAGAAUGGGCAGUUUUGGGCAGAAAAUGGUGAUGAAACUGUUGUUGAUUUAUUCGAGUUUAUGUAUCGACUUAUUAUUCGUUCGAAUUCCAUCAAUUUCACAUCUUUUCGAGUUUACAAGAAUCAUGUUGAAGAAUUAAUUAGGCUCUUCACUAUUCUAGAUGUAGAAAAGAGUAUUGCUAAUCCAAUAACAUAUGGUCUUAAAAAACGAUUGGGAAUGAAGAGCGAUAGAGAUAUUGCCUGGGAACAAUGGACACAACUUCUCAUGCCGGACAUCGAAAGAUGUUUAAAAAUGAUCGAAAAUAAUAUCGAGCCAGUAGAUGGUGAUAUUAUUUAUGAAACUAUCAAGUAUGCUAAAGAAGAAUUGGAAAAACGUGGACAAAUAUUUACACCUCGAUUAGUGGCUUUUCUCACUUUUUCGACAUUUGUUCCAGCACAAGUCAAUACAUAUACAACUGCAGCAUUUAUGAUUCUUGAAUGGAUUCGUCAUGAACACGAUGAAAUUGGUCAGCGGAUGAAAGAAGAAAUUGAUCAUGCACCACCGAAAGGUGAAAUUACAAUUGAAUAUUUGAAUUCAAUGGAAUAUGUUCAAGCAUGUAUUUAUGAAGUGAUUCGAAUACGUACUGAUUCUCCAGUGAGCUUUCGAUUAGCUGGUCAACCUGUUCCUCUCUCAAAUGAGAAAUUUAUUCCAGAGGGAAAUAUUGUUGCAAGUCCACUGACUCGUGCUGAAGACUUGUAUCUUAAUCCUGAAAAGUUUGAUCCCGACAGACAUUUAACACCAAGAGAAGAAAUGAAGGCUGAUCCAUAUCGUGCAUUACCAUUUGGACGAGGUAGACAUCCUUGUACAGGAGAAAGAUAUGUUAAAAUGCAAAUUAAAAUGUUUCUUAUUCAAUUAUCUAAAAUGUGCAAAAUGGAAUUAAUGCCAGAAUCGAACAAUUUUGAGGCAACAAUCAACAAAAAACAAUUGGCAGGAUUAAGUCGACCGACAAAACCAGUUUUCAUUAAAAUAUCAAAGAGAGAAUUAUAA